GUCAUACAUACAUACCUGUCAAAUUUGUGUACAAUAAUUUCCUCAUUUUAGAUUUGAAAAAUAAGGUAUUUCUAAAAAAUAUGGCUUCUGUAAUGGAUGUAGAUGAAGAGGAAGUCGAAAUGGCUUCCUCCAGUAGUGGUAAAGGUGAUAAAAAGAGGUUUGAGGUCAAAAAGUGGAAUGCUGUCGCUUUAUGGGCUUGGGAUAUUGUGGUCGACAACUGUGCGAUUUGCCGCAACCAUAUAAUGGAUCUCUGCAUAGAAUGUCAAGCUAAUCAGGCAUCAGCUACUAGUGAAGAGUGCACAGUUGCUUGGGGUGUUUGUAAUCAUGCUUUUCACUUCCACUGCAUCUCACGCUGGCUCAAAACAAGGCAGGUGUGCCCUCUCGACAACAGAGAAUGGGAAUUCCAGAAGUAUGGACACUAAAGUAAAAAGCCGUUACCCAUUCCCCACACCAUAAGGAGUUACAGCAAAUAUACUGAGAAUGGGCAUACCAAUGUCAAUAUUGCAUUAAGUUGAUAAUAAACAAACUCAAAGUACUAAA